AUGGGUUCCUCCAAUAACCUGGUGUUACUGAUUCUGUUCGUAUUAGCAAUUUCUCUUACGUUAGUCGCUGAAGCAUCUCAGGGACACCGAGAAACACCAUCGGAAGAAGAGAAGAAAGAUCUGAAGAGGCAACUCAGAGCUAUUAACAAACCUGCACUCAAGAGUUUCAAGACUAAACAGGGUAUAAUAUAUGAUUGUAUCGAUAUUCACAAACAACUAGCCUUUGAUCAUCAUCUCCUCAAAAACCACUCUGUUCAGCUGAAGCCAACCGUUUUACCUGAAUGGAUCACAUACAAAAACAUUUCACAGAAAGUUAGUCCCUUGCAGCUUCUGCAAAAGGGCAUAAGUUGUCCAGAUGGAACAGUAAUUGUUAAAAGGACUACAAUGCAAGAUCUUAUGCAUGCAGAGCGUUUGAAAUCCGUUGGAUUCAAUAGCUCAAAUCGUCUUCCAGCUGGACAUCAUUAUGCAACAGCCGAUUAUAAACGUACCAGCGUUUCUGGAGUAAAAGGAAGCAUUAACAUCUGGGAUGUACAAGUGGCACAAGAUCAAGUUAGUAUGGCAACCAUGGCCGUUGCCGGAGGUCCUGUAGAACAACUCGCCAGCAUUUCAGUUGGGUGGAUGGCAAGUCAAGUGAAUCCAUGGUUGUACGGAGAUCACGUACACUUGUACACGUACUGGACUGGAGAUGGAUAUAGAAGAACAGGCUGCUACGACGUUAGAUGUCCAGGAUUUGUGCAAGUCAGCAAGAGGAUACCACUUGGUGUCCUUAUUCAAAAAGUUUCAAUUUAUGGUGGUAUACAAUAUCAAAUGGACUUAGUCUUGCAUCAGGAUCAUGCCACAGGAGAUUGGUGGUUUAUAUUUGGGGGUGAGAACGUUGGAUACUGGCCAGCGUCGUUGUUCUCGCCCGGGGGCGUUGCGAACAGAGCAAAUUAUGCAUCUUGGGGAGGUCAAGUGUAUAGUCCAUUGACAGAGGCGAGUCCAGUUAUGGGCAGUGGGCAUUUCCCAGAUGAAGGUUUUGGGAAAGCAGCUUUUAUAAACGGUAUCCAAAUCAUUGAUGGUUCUGGGACAGCUUUGAUUCCACAAAUCUACACUAUAAAGACGCAUGAGACCAGUCCAACUUGUUAUAAAGCCAAGUAUAUUCAUGAUGAUGAAGAACCUUGGAUAAGAGCUAUUUUCUAUGGAGGUCCUGGAGGUUGCAUAGGGCAAUAG